AUGUUUAAAUUUGGUUUUUUAUUUGAAAAAAAGAAAGAGUGUAAGAAUCCCACUAUCGUGAUUAAACCAGAAUUACCGGUUUUUGAAUGGCAAAAGGUUGAAGAAACAGGAUUGGAAGAAACCAUAACUCAAGCAACUAUAACAUUAAAUCAACCUGAAGAUGUAAAAGUGGACAGUAGUCGUAGAAAUUUAAGAGUUAAUAAUAACCGAUCAAGGAGUAGUAGUUUAAAUGCCGAAUCAAGCAGAAUACGUUUGAUGCAAAUAAUUGAAGAUGAAGAAUCUAGAAAAAUAUUUCGCGAUUAUUUGGUAUCUCAAUAUUGUGAAGAAAAUUUGGAUUUUUAUAUGGAUGUGGCAAAUUAUCGUGAAUUUUUUUGUACUGCCGGAUUACAUAUAAAUGAAGAUAUGGAAGAAAUUAAUUCUAGAGCUGUUUAUAUAUGGAGUGAAUAUUUAGAUGAUGAUACUUCUCCAAAGUCUUUAAAUGUACCACAGGAUUUGGUAAAUACUUGUAGACGCAAAAUCGAAGCAAAAUCUCACACUAUUGAUGUAUUUGAUAAAUUACAAGAACAUUGUUUUGGCCUAAUGUCAACUUCUGAUUUAAGUUUAAGUACUGGAAAGAUCAUCACAAAUUUUAUUAAUCACAAUAACAAUGUGAAAUUCAUCAAUACUGUUGUUAAUAAUGAUAAGAACGAUGUCGAUAAUGAAUAA